GACGUGGCUGCAGACAUGGCCCUCCCUAAUUGGAUCGCAACCCGCCCUGACAAGCAAACUCUAGCUUGAAAGUGACCCGACCUUCUACAUACCACCAUCAGUGCGACUGUCCCACUGCCGUCAUUGGGACGGCGAUCGUCGCUUGUUUCUCCCUGAUAAUGGAGGUCUCUUGGACUUGAUUUGACUGGAUUCUUUUUAUUUUUGGAUGAUUGCAGACGAUCUUGACAAGGGAUAUUCAUUGUCUUAUUUCGACCAGGGCAUAAAUAGACAGGCUAUCACCAUGCGUCCGUUUCACGAUUCUGUCCAUGCUACGGCUUCCUCUUCUUCCUCUUCAUCCUCUUCUACUACAGCUUCGUCUAGAGACGAUAUCCCUACAGACAGUAUCCCUACACAAAGUGAAUCGCAACCAGAUUCAACCUCUUGCUUCAGACUGAAUACAAGAACGACCGAAGAACAACCCUCGCUCGUUCCAAGAUUGGCAUACAGAUUCAACAGCUCUAAACUGGGCCAAUAAUUCUCUUUACUUUCUCCUAUCUCUCAACGUCGAUAUCCUCAACCGAUCAACCUCUCAAAAACUUGGAAAGAAGACAUCGAACCUCUCAAUCCAACCAACAUCCCAAACCAAUUAAAUAACCCAACCAAUCCACAAUGGGCGCCGUCGUAUCCUGCAUCGCAGGAGUCUUCCGCUCAAUCGGCGCCUGCCUCAUGGGCAUCGUGCACGUCGUCGGCUCCAUCUGCAUGGCCAUCAUCAACGGCGUGGUGUCGCUCUUCGACGUCCUCAUUACUUGCUUGACGUGUGGGUAUUGUGGAGGACGGAGAAGGAGGGGCGGGGUUAGGAGGUCGAGGAUAUGAUCUUCUUGCUUGAGUCUUUCUUUCGGUGAUUACUCUUUGAUUUGUUGAAUUGGGUCUUUGAUUGUUUUGUUGGUGGAUUGGUUUUGCUUUGUUGUUUGAUAUCCUUUUGUUGUAUUGUUUUUUUCUUUCUUUCACGAUGUAUGAGUAUAAGUUAUGAUUUGAUUGAUUCGUUAUUGUUAUGCUUUUUUUUUUUGCUCCCCUGUAUGAUGAUUGUAUGAUAUCCUCGCUUUAUAUAUCGCUGUAAACAUGUCUAUCCACUUGCUCCA